UCCCCAGCCCCAUCGGGCGGUCUCCGGAGAUGUGAAGCCGGGGCUGAGCGCGCAGGAAGAUGAAGGGAGCCGGGCUGCCCGCCGCGGGACAGGCGUCGAGGUGAACAGGAAAAUGACCGAAGAAACACACCCGGACGAUGACAGCUAUAUUGUGCGUGUCAAGGCUGUGGUUAUGACCAGAGAUGACUCCAGCGGGGGAUGGUUCCCACAGGAAGGAGGCGGGAUCAGUCGCGUGGGGGUCUGUAAGGUCAUGCACCCCGAAGGCAAUGGACGAAGCGGCUUUCUCAUCCAUGGUGAACGACAGAAAGACAAACUGGUGGUAUUGGAAUGCUAUGUAAGAAAGGACUUGGUCUACACCAAAGCCAACCCAACCUUUCAUCACUGGAAGGUCGACAAUAGGAAGUUUGGACUUACUUUCCAAAGCCCUGCGGAUGCUCGAGCCUUUGACAGGGGAGUGAGGAAAGCAAUCGAAGACCUCAUAGAAGGUUCAACCACAUCAUCUUCCACCAUCCAUAACGAAGCUGAGCUUGGCGAUGAUGACGUUUUUACAACAGCUACAGACAGUUCUUCUAAUUCCUCCCAGAAGAGGGAACAGCCUACUCGGACCAUCUCCUCUCCCACAUCCUGUGAGCACCGGAGGAUUUAUACCCUGGGCCACCUGCACGACUCCUACCCCACGGACCACUAUCACCUCGAACAGCCGAUGCCCAGGCCCUACCGCCAGGUGAGUUUCCCCGACGACGACGAGGAGAUCGUGCGCAUCAACCCCCGGGAGCGCACCUGGCUGACGGGCUACGAGGACUACCGGCACGCGCCUGUGCGUGGCAAGGCCCCGGAGCCCGCGGACGACACCGACUCCUACGUGCGCUUUGCCAAGGGCGAGGUCCCCAAGCACGACUACAACUACCCCUACGUGGACUCGUCGGACUUCGGCCUGGGCGACGACCCCAAGGGGCGCGGGGUUGGCGUGAUCAAGACCCAGCCGGCCCGGGGCAAGUCGCGACGGCGGAAGGAGGACGGUGAGCGCUCACGCUGUGAGUACUGCAGGGACAUGUUUGUCCACGAGGAGAACCGGAGGGGCCGCUGUCAGGACGCGCCCGACGCUGUGAGAACUUGCAUCCGCCGGGUGAGCUGCAUGUGGUGCGCGGACAGCAUGCUCUACCACUGCAUGUCGGACCCCGAGGGCGACUACACAGACCCCUGCUCGUGCGACACCAGCGACGAGAAGUUCUGCCUCCGGUGGAUGGCUCUUAUUGCCUUGUCCUUCCUGGCCCCCUGUAUGUGCUGUUACCUGCCCCUCCGGGCCUGCUACCACUGCGGAGUGAUGUGCAGGUGCUGCGGGGGGAAGCACAAAGCGGCCGUGUGACUCAGUUGCCCUCCUCCCCCCCUUCCUCCCCGGUACCAGCCAGGGGAGCCCCACCUGGUGGACUCUGCACUUCCCCGGCCACCCCCACCCAGCCACCCACUGCAUCGGCCACACACCCACCCACACACACGCAGUGUCCAUGGAAAGGAGCCCCCGCGCACACACUCGUGUAUUAGUGACAAGCCGUAAUCACUCGGUCUCCGUGCGUUCACGUCACGUCUUUCGUCCCCACCUCUGCUGGUGCACAGGCGCCUGCAGUGGGGACUGCCGCUUUGGGGUGUGUGCUGGCGGCGGGCUUUCCCAGGUGCACUCUCCUGGUUCGGCCUGCAGCGAGCUCAGGAGCCCCGCUUCUGGCGCCUGCGUGAGGUCAGGUUGAUGAAACCCCGCCAGGAGCCUUCUGACCUGCAGUCAGGCGAUGGCCGGGAGGCGAGCUGGCUGACAGACUUCUGCCACAAACAAGAUCGCUUUAACUUUUGUAAAGCCAAAUUUCCCACGUAAGCUGCAGUUUCUGUCUGCAGCCCAUCGUCAUUUUCUGUGCCCUCCCCGCCCCCCCCAAAAUCCGUUUGUUAUUUUACUGAUGCAACACAUUCACCCAUAAAAAUGACUAAGAAUUGAGCCUUAACUUCAGAUUUAACUUGUGUGAAUCAGGAUAAUUCCCUAAACCGCAUUGCAUCUGCAUCCUCAUGGACCAGGGCUAGAAAAGGAGGAUUUCGGGCUUCUCUGAGCCUCCCCGGUACCCCCUAAGGUAGAACUUUUUAAAAUUUUGUCUCCCCACCACUUCUGAAAACUUAGCAAUAUUAGAAGAAAACACUAACAAAGAAAUUGUGCUCGUUGUUUUGCAAACGAAAUAGUCUCACACACACACACACACACACACACACACACACACACACACGUGUUCUCCAAAGAGUUCCAGCUGAGAAACACUACGGUUGUGGUAAAUAAAAUUAAAGGAGCAUCCUCCCACGGGCCCACUGGCGAUUAUCUGUAAAAAAAAAAAAAAAAAAAAACAAAAAAAACGGGGGGGCGGGGAGGGUAGGGGGUGGAUUUUAAACGUCCUAAACCUGAAGAGUGGUGGGUUGCAUUUUGUUCGUGGGUUUCCAAUUUGUUUUCAUUCGGGACUGAAUUUCACGUCACCAAAUUUUUCAUUUAUACUUGGGGGGCGGGGGGGGAAGGCCAUAUGUAAAACCCCUUCCAAUGCCUAAGUGUCUUUAUCCUGCAUCUCCAAUCCCAGACUGGCCAGUUCGGGCGCACAGAUGGUUAGGUCAGCAGUCUGGGUCUGUCGCCUUGCCGUGCAGGAGGCUUCUCAUUAGCUGGAAGAGAGUAUUUUUCUAAUAUAGUGCGAGGAGUAGCCCAAUCUCCUUGCUGCAGAAAAGAAGAAAAGCGAAGAGUGGUACGUAGCCUAGUACAAUCAGAACGUCGCGGAGACCGUGGGGGCAGGCCCGGCCAGCCCGGCUGUGCUUCCGCCGUGACCUUCCCGUGCUAACGCUCUCCGCGGCUCCCUUCCCCCAUCCCUUCUCUGGUGCACACGGGACCGCAGUCUUCAAGGAAAGGGACAUUUUCCCAGUCCGCCAAUCACACCGGGGACGUGCCAGCCAUGCUUACCCUCGUGGAGUGUUGUCAGCUCCCCGAGCACCCGUCACAUUUCUUCGGCCAGAUCGUCGGUGUAAGUUCUCCGUGUGCUCACGAGUCAGUCGGUGGACGUUUCCUGUCGUCGGAGUGACCGGUUUGGGCCUUCCAGCUCGGCAGAGGAGCCGCGAGCCGUCGGUCUGGUGGUGGAGGAAACGAGAACGAUUCCCAGCCUGGAGACCACGUCGAAAGCCCUCGGGCCCGGCCGCCAGACCCAGACCCGCGGAGAGACCGGCCCCCGCCCGGCCCCAGCCUGAGGCGCUUCCUCAGGGCAUUUCUCAAGGUCUCUCCUCUACAAAGCACAACACUAAUGUAGGUUUGUCAGACCUCAGCUCAAGUGCCCCUAUUUAUUUCACUAGGAACACACUUACCCUGUCGCGCGGUUGUUGUUUUGGGUUUUAUUGGGUUUUUUUUGUUUUUUUUUUUGGAGUCCCCGUUGAGUUAUCGGCCCCGUCCUUCCCCACCCCUCUGAAGAGUGACGCUAGUGCAUCCUCCUCCGCCCGCACGUUUCGGUCUGUGAAGGCAGCAGGCAGUGAGCGGUUAAGGGCACAAGGACAGCCAUGGGGACAUCGAUGUAAAUACGUCUCUAAUUGCCACACUGCAGCUGAACAGUGUGUAGUAUUUUCCCCGUCAGCUUUGCCAUACUGACGUCAAUCAUUUGAGAGAAAUUAUUCAGAUUUUAUUUUUGUAUCUGUGGUAACAAAACAUUAACCAAAAGAUUUGUUUGGAAGCUUCCCCCCACCCCCACCCCCCCGCCCCCAGCUAUUUGCUCACAUUAACAAAUUAAAGUGCCUGAAGCAUAAUUCAUUCUUGACCUGUAUACUAAAAACCCUGUUGUAUUGAUUUUUUUAUAAUAAGCCUUUUUACCUCUGUGUAAAAAAUAUAUAUACAAGUGUAUGAUGUACAUUUUAGUUCUUAACUUUUUUUUAUGGUUUCUAAUAUGUAUGACCAACGUAGCCAUCGCGUUAAGAUGUACCAUGUAAAUACAGACACGUCCCAUCA